CAAGUGGAAAUUCUGACCUCUAGCUGAAGGUAAUGAAAUACCAAGCCAGACAAAAUGAUAGAUUAUCAUAUUUCUACUACCAGUUUGUUGACAGUACUUUUCCCAUAGGUUUCCACAUAAAAAGGAAGGAGUUAAAGCAGUUUUAUGACUGAAACUCAGCAGAAAUGGAUGACAAAAGUAAGGAUGAGAUUAACGCGGCAUCAGAGCCCCCGGCCUACAAAUUUAUACCCAGAGUUCCCAAGGAAAGAACUCAAAUGAUCCUCAUCUCUAUUGUCCUGGUACUUCUGGUCACUAUCAUUAUCGGAGCUAUUCUCAUUGGGGUCCACGUUACUCAGGAGCACACUGAAAAGAUAAUUAAAACCAUUACUAAAGGAGCAAAUGGAGAAAUGGUGAAGCAAACAGUGAUGGUGGACACCCAGGAAAAUGUGGCUGUAUUUUACAUCCACAGCAACACCACCUCAGCCACUGUUGUCUAUGACUAUCAGCAAGGUCUGAUUGCCUUCCGAAUUCACAGCAGAAAACAAUGUUCAGUGGUGGUGAUGGAUUUGGUUGACGUGCCCAGUCUACAUGAGAUCACCGAGCUGAUUGACCACUCAAUUGACCAGGUCUCUGAAGAGGACAGCUUGCUCUACACCUUCAAGCAGCGAGGACUGGCUGACCCGAACGCUCUUGGGACCACCAUUAACGUUCUCUGUAGUGAUGUCCCUGUUUACUGGGCCGAGAAAAAUCACAAGAAGCCACGGAGAAGAUCAGUCCCUUGCCCGGACAUUUUGAUUCUUGAACUUUGCUUUGCAUUUCUUUAAACCCAUCCAUAUGUCUCUGUGUGCUUUACAGAUUGCCUUUCUUGUUCACAUCUGAUGCUGAAGUCUGCAUUCCUAUUCGCUAUGGGUUCAUUCAGGAAGAAUUCCAUUGUUUUUAACACUGUGUCAUGAACUCAUAAAAGUAAUUGCUUCCACCUUAGAGUCAUGUAACUCUACCUUUUUUUUUUUUCUUUUGGGCAAAUAGGAGAAAAUGAAGUUUAAAUAGGGGUGCUUUGAUUUUGCUUUUCCUCCACGGCAAGGGGUUGGACUAGAUGGCCCAUGUGGUCUCUUCCAACUCUAUUCCUCUAUGAUUCUAUGAAGUUGAAGAUCCAAUUAAUCCAGGACUGUUUUGCAUAUAUAUGCUUUUUCCAAUGGACAGCAUUAAUAAUAAUAAUAAUAAUAAUAAUAAUAAUAAUAAUAAUAAUACUUUAUUUAUAUACCGCCCUAUCUCCCGGAUGGGACUCAGGACGGUUUCCAGUCAUAAAAACAACACAAACAUUACAUAACAAACAUAAUAACACAUAAUUAAGCAAAGUAAAAAUACAAUUAUAGAAAUAAAUAACACUUACAUGACCUGAUCAAGGGGACGGGAACCAUAAACCCAAUAUAUUAAAAUGUAUCAUUUUAAGUUAGAGAAAUCUUGUGCAAUAUAUUCAGGCCCAGAAAUCGGCAGUAUGCUUGCUUCCUAUCUGUAUAGAAGCUGGUCGUAUUCAUCAAGUAUCUGUUGUAAAGUUAAUUAAAACUUUUAUGUUGAUAA